UGUUCCGCCACGCCAGUAUGUCCACGGCCGGCGCACGAGUCGAACUGUUUGUGCGUUCGGCUCUAUCCGCGCGGUGUUCGUAAUAUGAACUCGCAUUUCGAUACGUAUCGCGCCUGGCCGCGCUCACUGCGUCGAUAACAUCUGCAAAUCCAAUAUACAGAGUGGUGAUAGCGCGAUACGGUUCACUUUUACGCGUGUUACUCGACAGUUUGCCGACGGCCAUGUGAUCGCUCCCGUCGAUGGGAGCGAGGAGCGAACAAAAAAGGCGCCCGCUAAUGUCUACCCCUCCCGGCCGCUACAAAAAAGGGAUAAAAAGGAUAUUCCUGGAAUGCGCACAUGUGGACGCCGGGUAACUGUGGCUGCCUUCGUUGAGUCCGCAGUGUUGUCACGAUGCCCCGUAGGAGCAAGUGGAUGCAUCUGGCCGCGGGCGUCGUCGCCGGCGUCAUAGUCGGCAUGUUCCUUAAGCUGUGCUUGCGAUCGUCCUCUAGGACUACGAUAGAAGCCUGCCCGCAGUCUGCGAAAGUGUACGUCGCCCCCGAUCCACUCGCCUUGAUAGGCCUCGGGCCGGAAGAGACAGUGCAAAAUUCUAACAGGACUUUAGUGUUUGUCGGUGUUAUGACGGCCGAACAGUAUUUGGAUACGAGAGCCAAAGCAGUUUACGAGACGUGGAGUCAAGAUUUGCCUGGACGUAUCGCGUUCUUUAGCUCGGAGGUGUCACGGGCUCCGGGUUUACCUUUAGUUCCAUUGCGGGGUGUGGACGAUAGCUACCCGCCGCAGAAGAAGUCAUUCCUUAUGUUGUUGUACAUGUAUGAGAAAUACGGCGAAAAAUUUGAGUGGUUCAUGCGUGCCGACGACGAUGUUUACGUUAGGGGUGAUAAGUUAGGGGAGUUUUUGCGUUCUGUGGACAGUCGGAAGCCACAGUUCAUAGGGCAAGCUGGCAGAGGUACGAACGCCGAGCGGGACGCUCUAGCUUUAGAUUAUAAUGAGAACUUCUGCAUGGGCGGUCCCGGAGUGCUGUUCUCCAGGGAGACUCUGCGGAGGGUGGCACCCCACGUGAAGUACUGUCUGAAGCAUCUGUACACGACUCACGAGGACGUCGAGUUGGGUCGCUGUGUUGCCAAAUUCGCCGGUGUUUCCUGCACCUGGAGUUAUGACAUGCAAACGAUCCUGCACCACAACGGCAGCGGUGCAGCGGCGUACACGGACCGGCUGAAGAAAAGGGAGGUACACCGCGCCAUCACCCUUCACCCUGUCAAAGAUCACAGGCAUAUGUAUCGACUGCACUCCUAUUUUAAGAACCUUCGAAUUCAAGAGAUCCGUGAGAGCUCUCUGGAUCUUCACAGAGACAUCGCGAUGUCCAUGCGGGAGCUGUCAGUGUCAGCCGAUCAGGUCGAGGAUCACGUGUUUCCUGGUGGCGUGCCUUUGUUCCCGGUGAAGGUCGGGGAGCCGGGCUACUUAGGGAAUAAUACUAUAUUAGGUGCUCCAAUAGACAUGAACAGGUACCAGCCAGAUGACUACGAGGACAUAGUGCCUUUUGAUUUUAUCAGCAAGUCCAUCUACUCCGUGAGUCACUCCAAUCCGAAGAGGAGGAUCGAAGGCCCCCUGAAGGAGGCUCACGAUGUCAUUAGAGAAGUAAUGGAAAUCAUCAACGCGCCGUCCCGUCAGCGUGGUAGGAUCAUCGACUUUAACGAGCUGCUGUAUGGGUACACCCGUUUAGAGCCGCUACAUGGUGUGGAUCACGUGCUGGACCUGCUGCUCAAGUACAGGAGGUACAGGGGACGGAAGAUGACGGCCAGUGUGCGACGGCACGCAUACUUGCAGCAGACCUUCACUGCAAUGGAGAUAAGGGAGCUGCCGAUGGGUGAACCUCCGCCAUUUGAAGACCCAUCAAUACUAAAGCAGAGCAGCGAGAAGGACCUCGUUAACGAAUACGAGGACUUCGACGAGUCGAGUCAACAGCAGAACAGUUUUCUUGAUUUUGGCAAAAUAAACGUUAGGGAAGCCUUUGAAAACGGCAUUAACAAGAUACACAACAAUCUGCCAAAAGUUCUACAGUGGAGCGAGGUUGAUUUUGACGAAUACCCAGUUUCCGAUCGGAAGAUUCAUUUCAUUUUGCCACUGUUGGGCAGACAAGAGAUUUUCGGGAGGUUCAUGAAGAACUAUGAAGAUAUCGUAUUAAAAAGCAACGAGGCUGUGAGAUUAAUAGUUGUACUUUAUUUAGACAGUAAGAACCCUUUGGAUUAUGGAAAUACGGAGGCGUUAAUCAAAUACUAUGUAGAUAUGUAUGGAAAGGAAAUCAAAGUCGUACAAAUGGGAGCUACUACGUUCUCGAGAGGCGCUGCGCUGACUGAAGGACUCAAACUGUGUUCAAGUGAUGACCUAGUUUUCUUUAUAGAUGUAGAUAUGAUGUUUAAUUUUGUGACUCUCAUGAGAAUUAGGAUAAACACGAUUAAAUAUAAUCAAGUUUACUUUCCAAUAGUGUUCAGUGAAUACAAUCCCGAAGUGGUGAACGGUGAUGACUACAAUAAAUUUAUAGGUGAAGACGAUGAUACGAAUACCGAUUCAGACAAAUUUGUAGAGAGUGAUGAAAGUGUUAAAAGUGAAAGAGAAAUUGCAACUUUGAAGUACACUAAAGAGAUAAACGAUGACAAUGGGUAUUUUAGGCAAUAUGGAUUUGGUAUUUUAGGUAUUUUUAAAUGUGAUUUCGAGAGGGUUGGUGGUUUUGAUUUGAGUAUAAAGGGCUGGGGUCUAGAAGACGUACAUUUAUUUGAGACUUUGAUAAAAUCAAACUUGAGUGUGUAUAGAGCAGCUGAUGAGAGCCUGGUACACAAAUUCCAUUCUGUGGACUGUGAUAAGAAUUUGGAGAAGAGUCAGUUCUUAAUGUGUUUAGGUACGAAGGCUUCAACGUACGGCAGUGAGAAACAUAUGACGUAUUAUAUGUUAAACCACCCAGAAGUUCUGUGGCCUGAACAAGAGAAAGGUGCUAGCUAGUACAGGGUCUAAGUAGGUAGUCAUAAAAUUAUUAGGAAUGUUCAAAAUUAACGACAAAAUUGGUGAGUUAGUAUACACAGCAAGUGAUAGUGGGUGUGCUCUAGAAUGCGUUAUUAUUACUUGGAUGUUGAUAUUAUUCUAUUUUUGUACAAAAUAGUUAUUGAAUGAUAUUGAGUGAGAUUACGUUGUUAGUCAGUCAGUCAGAGCAGGUUGGAAUAAGUGAGUCGGCUCUCUUUCAAAGUUUAUUGUCUUUGAAAAUAGUAAAUUUUUCAUUAUUCAUUAAAUUAUUAAAAAUCAAAUUUCGCUUUGGAAAAUUAUAACCGACCUUGAUGGAGGAAUCCCAUUUUUUCAUUCCUUUUUUUUUCUCAACAAUUGCGGCGGGAAAUAUAUUGCAAUAUAAUAGGUGUUUAAAUUUUUUUUUUAUUAUAAUUGAAUGUGUACAUUCAUACAUCAGUCCAAAAUACUUUUAGUUAUGACAGGUAACUUAACCUGUCAUCUUGGAUAAGUUUAACACGUUUGCACUGAGUAAUAUAACAAAUCCAUUGGUUCUACAGUACGAAUAAUUUUAUUUAAUCAAUACAUUUUGGUAUUUGAGCUAUUCAUUGAUAGUUGUUGAAGAGAUCGCUUAAAUAAAUAGAUGUAAGGGAAAUAAUAAAUGGUGUUGCCAUUUUAAAAUAACAAUAAAGUUUUAACUGCAAAUUCAAUCGAGAAAUUCUAAAUAGAUUUUAUUAUAAACUGUUAGCAAAAUAAAAUGUCGGUUCGAGUUAAAAUUGUACUGAUAUACAAGUAUUAAUAAUAAAAAAAAUUGAACAAUAUAAAUAAGAAUAAAAAAAAAAAUGAGUAUAACACAAAAAACAAAAGAAUUUGUAACAGAUAAUAAAAAAAAAAAAUUGUUUUAUACUCUACAUGGAAUGACAGUAGAUGCAUUUAAAAAUGUUAGAUGUAAUAUCAUGGCAUAAUUUCGUAUUUCCAGCUUCAUUAGAUAUACAGUCGUCCAUUGUGAAGCAUUUAUAAUUAUAUUUUUAUAUUAUAUACACAAUUAUAUUAUUGAUAUUAAUUCGUUCCUAGUAAUUGUUGUUAAGCUAGUUAGGUAUAUUGUAAUAUAAUGUUUAGUUACUUUUUUGCCUUCAUAAAUUAUAUAGACUAGUCUAUUAUAUGUAUAGUCAAAAUUUUGUAAGAAUUCCUUAUAUCUUUUCUUUUGCAACUUAUAUGUGCUUUCAAUUGAUAAUCUCGCUCGUAACAAAAAAGGAGACAGUUUCUGGACACUAUUUCUGUCAUAGAUUCAUACAAAUAACUUAAAUGUUCUUUAAAUUUUAUAUAAUAAUACAUAUGUUUAUUUAUUUAAAAUUUAUUGACCAAUAAAAUGUGGCACAAAAGGAGGACUUAAUGCUGUAGGCAUUGUCUACCAGUCAAACUUUAGAAUGUGCAGAGAUACGAAUGGCGGUUUAAAAAUAAAAACUAUUUAUAUAUAUAUAUAUAGUAUAAAAGACUAUUUUAUAAUAAUAUGUAAUUACCAAAUUAAAUUCAUAAAAUAAACAUACAUAUUUAUAUAUAAUACUUACAUAUUACGUGGAUGCAGGUGGUUCAGGACCGUUCCUUAUGGCAGUCUAUGGGGGAGGCGUAUGUCCAGCAGUGGACGGAUAGUGGCUGAAAUGAUGAUGAAUAUUUACAUAUAAAAAUAUAUUAUAAAUUUUAUCUAGUAUUUAUCCAGGAAAAUGAAAUAAAAAUUAAAAAUUGUCAAUACAGUAAAAUUAAAUUAAAUAAUUAAAGUAGUAGUGUAGCGCUUAAAAAAAAACAUUUAUUUUAAUUUUAUAUCUAAACUGCUGAAUCGAUUUCCAUUAAAUUGGCGUGAAUUUACAGGGUACAGAGGAAUAACACCUGAGUCCUCAGGAAUAGCAACGCAUGGGGGGUAUCAUGGGCGAAACAGUAUACUCUGUUAUGUCCAUGGUACUGCUCAUGUCUAUAGGCGACGGUUACCACUUUCCAUCAGGUGGGCCGUCAGCUUGUUUGUCAUUUUAAGUUUAAUAAAAAAAAAUAUAUAGGACCAAUCUGUAAGUAUAUAUUUACAGAUAAUUUCCAAAUUGGUUUAUAAUCGAUGGAGUUAUAAUGUAACAAAGAUGAAAAAAAAAUAUACCGAAUUGACUUCUUACUUCCUUUUUAUUGAAGUCGAUUGAAAAUAAUCGAUUUUAUUUGUAGAAUACUGCUUUAAAAAUGAUAAUACACUCGAUUUCAUCCUGAUGUUGUUGUUUUAAAAUUCGUCCAAAAUGGACAGGCAAAGAGCAUGGCCCAUACAGCCUAUUCAUAAGUUAUUAUUCGAUUUGUAACCGGUUAUUAGUUUCGGGAUAUAGUCGUUUGCAGCAAGGCAUUCCAUAGACGAAAAAGACGUGUGCUUUUAUAUAGGAUUUAUUUUUUCAUAUUAUAUCGUAUCGAAUAUAUGUAAAAGUAUUCGAAACGUUUAAUUUAAUUUCACAAUUUAAUGAUUGAAUAAUAAUCCACGAGGAGACUUAGUAAAAAAGUCGUUUGCUUAGAUACCCAUGUACCACUUGUGUUUCUGUCAUAAAGCACUUGUGCUUGAAUGGCUGUGUUUCGGUUUGAAGGCUAGGUACUGGGAUAAAAAUUAAAAAAAAACCGGUAUACUUAUUUAUGCUUCUGAACAUAUUUUUACAUGCUACUUUUACCGAAAUAAAUAAUCCUGGGGGAAAUCAAAAUUUUUAUUGAUCGUUUGAAAAUAUUAAUUUUAAUAGCGAAAUAUCUUAAAUUAUAUGCUUACGUGUUACUCUAUUAAUGUUUUUUUAUUUUAUUUUAUUUUUUAUUUUAUCAAAUCAAUCAAAUUAUUAUAUAAAAUCCAACUCCAAUAUGUAACAUAAUGUUAUGGCAUUAAAAACAAUACGUAAUAUACAUGUAUUUACGUAAUUUAGAACUAACAAAAUUUUUCAUAGUGCCUCCCACCAAACUGUUUAUAAUUACUCCUCUCCAUCCAAGGGUUGGCUGGAAGAGAUCGCUCUUACCGAUAAGGCCGCUCAUUGUUUUCACAUUGUGAUUAUUUCUUGUAAUUAUUUAUAUUUAUAAUAAGUUUACUAUUGUAAUCUUUUGGAGGAAACAAUAAAGAGUAUCUAUCUAUCUAUAUUAUGACAGUAACAUAUAGUAUCUAAUAGUACAUUCAUAAAUAAAUAAAAUGGGGACCUACGUAUGUUAGGUGUUAAUUAAUCUAGCUGUUCGGUUAUAGAGGCUCGAGUGGGACUGGGGUACCCAAGCGUACGACUUAUGUAAAAAGUUGCUCUCACGUAAAUCUAAUAGUUUUAUAUAUUCACUGUCAGUAUGCAACUAAUAAAAAUUGCUUAAAUUUAGGUUUACUUGUAUAAUUUUUUUUCUUUAUUUAUGAUUUAUUGAUAAAUACUAUACAUAAAGAUAAAAUAUGUACGUACGGAGAGAUUUGUUUGAAAAAUCAAUAAACAACUGAUAGACAUGUGUCAAAGAGAAAAUUAAUAAAUGUUUUGAAAAUUAAUAAACCAGAAUAAUUAAGUAUAAUUUAUUUAAAAUGUGUCCAGAUACCCUUUUUUAACUGCAUAUUAAAAUAACACUUUAUUACUCAUUUUUUAAUGAAAAGUUUUAUUAUUAUUUCAAUUAUUAAUUAAUUUAUUGUCUUUUUUUCGUGAAUACAAAAUAUAAAAUAUUUAUUGCAUAGACCAAAAUCAGUUUAUUACUGUCAUAAUGCGUGCUGUUUUUUUUUUUUAUUAGUAUUAGCUUAUAAUGUAAAUAGAACGUUGUAAAUUAUUAUUUUUGUAUCACGUUACUAUAUUAUUGAGCUCAUUAAGUGCCAAUCGUAGAAGUAAGUAGUUAAUUUUAUUUUUAUUUUAAUAAAUUACAACGAACGGUUUUAUGUCGUUAUUGUAAUGAAAUGAAAAUAUUGUGAUUAAAUCUUAUUGAAAUAUAAGUUUUAUAUGAAUAUAUA